UGGUGUCUUCCCAGUGUCUCAUUGUGCUGCUGCUCCUUGCACGGGCAGGGAUUUCCUACUGGUGAAGGAGGAAACAAGAAGAUUUCACAUAUAUGACAUAAAGGGAACACUUCUCAUUGCAUCUCAACCCUUCUUUAAGACAAUGGACUCAACUACACGCUUAAAUAUGGAAGAACCUGUUAAGAAAAAGCGGGUGAAUAAGUAUAAGAUAAUCUCUGGGGUGCUUCUUGUUGCAUUGGUUGUGAUGUCACUUGGAUUAGGCCUGGGCCUAGGACUGAAAAAAGAAGAGAAACAACCUAUUAAGCAAUUAGUGUCAUGUCGGUACAGAUGCUAUGGAACGGAAACUGUUGGAGAAAAUGAUUGCCGCUGUGAUGCACAGUGCGUUGACCAUGGAAACUGUUGUUUUGAUUUUUCGGAUCUCUGUGUGAAGCCAAAGGAAGAGUGGACCUGCAGCAAGGUGCGUUGUGGAGAGAAACCUGUUAAUGGCAAUCAUUGCUCGUGCUCAGAUGACUGCCUGACACAAGGAAAUUGUUGUACAAACUAUCGAGUUGUUUGCAAAGGAGACACUGCAUGGGCAGACGGUGGCUGUAACAGCAGUGCUGCUCCACAGUGCCCUGAAGGAUUUGAUCUCCCACCUGUUAUCCUUUUUUCUCUGGAUGGUUGAGCAGAGUACUUACAGACCUGGGGCGAUUUAAAGCCAAACAUUAACCAAACUGAGUGAAACUGCGGAACACAUUCAAAGUAUAUGAGAUCUGUGUACCCCACAAAGACUUUUCCCAACCACUACUCAAUCGUCACAGGGCUGUAUCCAGAAUCAAAUGGCAUCAUUGACAACAAUAUGUAUGACUACAAUAUGAACAAAGCGUUCUCUCUGUCUUCAAAUGAGAAGUUUAAUGAAUCAUGGGGCCUUGGUCAGCCGGUAUGGCUGUCAGCUAUGUCUCAAGGUUUAAAGGCUGGUACGUUCUUUUGGCCUGGAUCAGAUGUUGCAAUUAAUGGUAGUUUUCCUACCUACUAUAAACUGUAUAAUGGGUCUGUUCAGUAUGAAGAAAGAAUACGCAGCAUUCUGGAGUGGCUUGACCUUCCAAAAGAUAAAAGGCCACAUUUUUAUACAUUGUACAUUGAAGAACCAGACUCCUCAGGACAUUCGUUUGGUCCAGUAAGUGGUGGGGUGAUUAAGGCUUUGAUACCAAAGGAAUCUUCAAACUGUGUGAACUUGAUAUUAGUUGCUGACCAUGGAAUGGAGAAAACGUAUUGUGAACAGCUGGAGUUUAUGACCAAUUACUUUCCAUCCAUUAAUUUUUUUUACCUCUACGAUGGACAGCAGCUCGUAUUCGUGCAAGGGAAUGUUCCUGCGGAUUACUUGAGUUUUGAUUCGGACGGAGUUGUGAAGAACCUUACUGUAAUGUCGAAGCCAACUCAGCAUUUUAAGCCUUACAUGAAGCAUCACCUGCCUAAACGAUUUCAUUAUGCCAACCAUAUUCGCAUUGAUAAAGUUCACCUCUACGUGGACAGACAGUGGCUUGUUGUAAGGGACAAUAGUUAUACCUUUUGUGGAGGUGGCAACCAUGGCUAUGAUAACGAGUUCAAAAGUGUUCAAGCAAUCUUUAUAGGACAUGGUCCAGGAUUUCAAAAGGAAGUUGAAGUAGAGGCUUUCGAAAACAUAGAACUCUAUAACUUAAUGUGUGAUUUGUUAAAAAUUCAUCCAGCUCCAAAUAACGGAACCCACGGCAGCCUGAACCAUUUACUUAAAGAACCUUUUUUUAAUCCAACUCCUCCUCAAGAUAAAUCAGAUCCAUUAACCUGUGAAUUCACACAGCCAUCUUCUACUUUAGGCUGCAACUGCACAGAUCUGGCUGAUCAAGCAGAAGUCAAUAGAAGAUUAACCCUCACUCAAGAAAGCAUAACUCAGUCAGAGGCAAAGAAUUUGCCAUAUGGAAGGCCAAAAAAUUUAAUUGUUAAUAGCACUUAUUGCAUCCUUAACCACGAAGGCUAUGUGAGCGGAUAUAGUCACAAUUUACUGAUGCCUCUCUGGAGUGCCUAUACUGUAGAACCGCAGGGAGACGGAGCGUUUCUUCCUCCUACGUUAUCAGACUGUCUGCGACCUGAUGGUAGAGUCCCAGAGGCAAACAGCCAAAAAUGCUCAGACUACAAGACAGGGAUGAAUGUAACCCACAGCUUCCUCCAUCCUCCCAACUUUAACAGCAGUGCUCUGGAACAGUAUGAUUCUCUAAUUACAAGUAAUCUCGUACCAAUGUACAAAGAGUUUCUGAGAAUAUGGGAUUACCUGAACAAUAUACUACUACUAAAGUAUGCUUCAGAAAGAAAUGGAAUUAAUGUGGUUACUGGACCAAUCUUUGAUUACAAUUCUAAUGGACUUGUUGAUGCACUAAACCAAAUCGAAAGUUACGUUGAAGGCACUAACAUACCUAUUCCAACACAUUACUUUAUGGUGUUGACCAGCUGUAAAAAUCUUUCUCAGACACCACUUACCUGUACUGGUAAUCUUGACGUCUUAUCUUUCAUCAUUCCUCACAGACCAGACAACACUGAAAGCUGUGCGGAUAACAAACCAGAGCAAGAAUGGGUUGAAGACAGGCUUAAGGCUCAUUCUGCUCGUGUCCGAGAUGUUGAAUUGCUCACAGGUCUGGAUUUUUACCAGGCCAGGAACCAACCACUAAAUGAAGUUUUACAGCUAAAGACCUUACUUCCAACUUUUAGUACUAUUGUAAAUGGAAUGUAGAGUAAUUGUGCCGCUAUAUAAAUGGUCUAAUUUACGAAUGAUGUAUAAUGCUACUCUAUAGUGUACAUCCAAAAAUGUAUAUGACUCUAUUAUGCAAAUACAAAGUUCAAUUAUUCUAUGCCCCACAACAUGCACACAUAAUUUGCAUCUGUGUCCAGACUGUAUGUGGACCCAUUCAUUUCUAUGUAGUGUCCAUAUUGCAGACAAGAAUAGUAAUUUCUAGCAAUGGGAGUGAGAGAAAUGCGGAUUUUGCAGAUCCGUGGUUUGUUGACCACAAUACGGACAUAGUUAUGUGCAUGGAUUUUAGUGAAGAGCUUUUAACAUCAUCACAUCAGUCUGCUCGUUUUGUAUUAAAAUAUACUAGUAUUACUAAGUGUUGUCCUUUGUCUAGAAAAUAGCUUUUAUUCAUAUGGUAAUUAC